AUGGCCACCGACCAAGAAGCGGGCACUGCGCUCAAAGUGCAAGGAAACAAGGCAUUUGGUCAACACGACUGGCCUACAGCCGUCGAAUUCUAUAACCAGGCUAUCGAAAAAUAUGACCAGGAUCCCUCCUUCUUCUGCAACCGAGCACAGGCUCAAAUUAAGCUCGAGGCUUUCGGAUUUGCUGUUGCGGAUGCCACCAAGGCUUUGGAACUAGACGCCAACUACGUGAAGGCCUAUUGGAGACGUGCCCUGGCCAAUGUCGCAAUCCUGCACUACAAGGAAGCCUUGAAGGAUUUCAAGGCUGUGCUCAAACGCGAACCAGGCAACCAAAAUGCGAAGCUGCGAGCUGCAGAGUGCGAGAAGCUUGUGCGCCGCAUAGAGUUUGAGCGGGCCAUCGAGGUCUCGGACCCUCCCUCUGCAUUCGCAGAUUUGGAUAUCGACGCUAUCAAGGUUGAGGAUAAUUAUGAUGGUGUGCUCCUCGGAGAAGAGAUGACACAGGAAUUCAUUGAUGAUAUGAUCCAGCGAUUUAAGGAUGGAAAGAAGAUCCAUCGCAAGUACGUUUUCCAGAUCAUCAAGGCUGUUAAGGAACUUGUCUACAACGAGCCCACGAUGGUGGAAGUCGGCGUUGAGUCUGGCAAGAAGUUGACUGUUUGCGGUGAUACCCAUGGCCAAUACUUCGAUUUGCUCGAAAUCUUCCGCCGUAACGGUGCUCCCUCCGACACCCACGCUUAUCUCUUCAACGGUGAUUUCGUCGACCGUGGAUCCUGGUCUUGCGAAAUUGCAUUGUUGCUCUAUGCCUACAAGUGGCUCCGACCUAACGGUCUGUUCCUCAACCGCGGCAACCACGAGACAGAUGAUAUGAAUAAGGUUUACGGAUUCGAGGGUGAAUGUAAGGCUAAGUAUAAUGAGCGCGUCUUCAAGGUGUUCUCAGAGUCUUUCUCUGCCUUGCCGCUUGCCACCUUGAUCGGUGAUAAGUACCUUGUUCUGCACGGUGGCCUUUUCUCCGAUGAUAAGAUUAAGUUGGAUGAUAUCCGCAAGCUUAACCGUCACAACCAAAGACAGCCUGGCCAAGCAGGUCUCAUGAUGGAGAUGCUUUGGACUGAUCCUCAGGUUGACCCUGGCCGUGGCCCUAGCAAGCGUGGUGUGGGUCUUCAGUUUGGUCCUGAUGUGACCAAGCGUUUCUGUGAGAACAACGGACUUGAAGCUAUUAUUCGCUCUCAUGAAGUGCGCAUGGGAGGCUACGAAGUCGAGCACGAUGGUCGCUGCAUCACCGUCUUCUCCGCCCCCAGAUACUGCGACGCCACAGAAAACAAGGGUGCAUACAUCAACAUUGGCCCUGAACUCAAGCUUGCUUAUGAAGUGUUUGAGGCUGUGCCCCACCCUGAUAUCAAGCCAAUGGUAACCCAAUACCUCACAUCCGACAAGUCGAGCUUUGCCUCGAUCUCGGCCAACGAGCGCUGGCCUGUCAUCCUUACCGGUGCCAUUGAUGACCUACACCGCACGGUUGUAGGCGUAAAUGAAGAUGAGAAGGCCAAUGAGGGCAAGAGCAUCAUUGCCAACCUGGCCAAGUUGAAGUAUGAACUUCAACAUAACCGACAACUUACGUGA